ACAGCUGAAAUUUGGAAAUGUAAAAUGUUUGACCCACUUAGAUAAUUGCAAUCAGAACUUGGGAUUGACGUUUCUAAAUUAAUUUUAAGUUGCUUAUAAUUCUAUAAGCCUGUGGUUAAAAGAUUAAAUGUUGACUCUGAGAGAAAUGUUGAGAACUCCUCUUAGACCACAACGAGUGAGACAAACAAUAUUCAAAUUAAAAAAUGGACUACACAGAUUUCAACCGAAGACUACUUGUGACGAUAGAGAUAUUGUUACAAAACUUUAGAUAAUUUCACUGGCCUUUCCCAGAAGGUUGAACAUGGAGCAGUCCCUGUCGUCGGAACUGAUCAAACGACUCAGCCAGUGGCCCAACAUCCACGAUUCUGAUCCAAAGGCCAGCUUGAGCAUGAUUGAAGAAAUUGCAGAACAAACCGGCUCUCAGCAGGUGGGGGAUGGGGAAGAGAACCCAGCCCUGGAGGGUCACUUCUUGACGGAGCGCAGUGAGCCGGUGGAAUGCUGCCAGUGUCAGUGCCAUCGAGAGGUUCAAGCAACGUUCGAACUCAGCCUGCCGUUCUCGUGCACCAAGUGCAGUCAGCAGUUCUGCUGCAAGUGCCAAUACCUGGUCCAUAGAGAUUUCCAUAGAGGGGAGCGCAAGUACAGCUGUAGCAUCUGUGGCAAGUCCUACUACUACAAGAGUGACCUGGUCCGACACCAGCCUGUCCACUCCAACAUCAAGCCGCACAUGUGCAAAGUAUGUGGCCGUUCCUUUAACCAAGUUGGUCACCUGAUAACCCACCGACUCGUGCAUACAGGAGAGAAGCCCUUCCCUUGCGAUGUUUGCAAUAAGCCCUUCAAUCGCAAGAGCAACCUACAGAAGCACAAGAUGAUACACACGGGCGAGCGGCCCUUCGUGUGUCUGGUGUGCGGCUCACGGUUCAGUCGCAAGGGGGACCUGCAGCGCCACACCAUGCUGCACACCGGCGAGCGGCCCUACAAGUGUCAGCUGUGUGACAAGAGCUUCAGCCAGAAGCCACACCUGCUGAGUCACCAGUCUGUGCACACUGGAGAGCGACCGUACAAGUGUCUCGCGUGCGGCAAGUCGUUCAACCGCAAGUCCAACCUCAUCAAGCACCAGCUCACCAAGUGUCCGGCACUCUCGCUCAAGCGAAAUGACGGCACAGACCUUCAACUCGGCGACAUCAGCCCCAUCGCCUCCAGCUCCUUCUUCAGUCACUUCAACCAGCUCAUCAACAAAACGGAACUGCCCGAGCCCAAGGCUUACUUCGACAUCGAGUUAAAACCGGUGAUAACGUUGACAGAGAACGGUGCCGAAACCCACUUCUUGAACACGGAUGCCUUUUCAACGGAGACGAGCAGUGUCCUGCGUGCUAGGCUCUCCAGCGGGCCGAUAUGUAGGUCUCCGAACAGUGCUGUUAACAUUACAAUCGCACCCAUGACCACCAAUACUGACUCAGAAAGUGAUGUUUUAACUUCGGAACUAUCGUCUUUAAAGGAAACUGUAUCGGAUUCUCCUUCAGCUGUAAGUGAUGAAGGGAAAACCCAUCGAGAAGAGCAAACAAUUCAAGAGGAACCUCACCACAAAGGAACAAAUUCCGGCGAGAACAAUUCAGAAUCACAACUGCCCGAAGGUACUUUAACUAAUAUGCCCACGGAUACGUAGGAUUCUGUAUACUUAUUCCACUAGUACAAUUAGUCAAGCCGCUUUAUGUUGUAGCUCAAUGUGCGAAUGUUUAGAGAGUCUGUCACUUGUUGUUCUUACCGGUACCAUAUCAGCUGUAUGUUAAGUAGAGAUAAUAAUUAAUGCAGUUGAAAGAAAAGAGUUUUAUUAUGGUACAUUACAGUUUCUAGGCUUUCUUAUUCAAUGUAUGUUAGGUAGGCAGUAUUGUUGGUUACCAUAGCUGUUGAUGUACUAUUACCUUAUCAGUUAUUAUUGUCUGAGACUGGAGUAAUGGUACCAACUGGGAUGGUUUUGAACUAAGGUUACCUCAGCUGAAGACCAUUGGAUUCUGUGAGAAUCCCAAAGCCACGUGUUGUAGUUACCGUAGGAGUAAGAAUGAAAAGUUAUUGAAGCAAGGGGAUUUAAAAAACAAUAUGGAAGUUUAUACUUAUAUUAUUGUUUAAGUAACUCAAAUUUAUGUCAUAGUCUUAGUAUGUUGAAACAUACUUUAAUUUACUUUUAGGCCUACUAAGUCUGCAAUUUAGAUUUUGAGACUUUUGAAGUUCAUCUCUAAUUUUGGACAUGUCUUGGUUUAAAAUACUUUCUUUAUUUGUUCUACUAAAUUUUAUAAUUAUUUAAAAUGAAACAAAUACAGUAUUAGCCAAAAUAAACAGUACUGAAAUGGUAAUAUUUUAUUAU